GCACUCGGGCAUCGCACACCUAAUGAGCUUGCUGCAACCCGAGAAGAGAAACUCCGGCAAGCAACAAAUGCACGCUCAGCAGCUGCCACCUCACGCCCAUGCCCCGCCUAUUCCCAUGAUGCCUCACGCAGCAUUAGCAGGUUUACAGCCACCGACAAUGCCACCAAGCAGCGCCGCUGGGCUAUUGGCUUUAUCAGGGUCCUUGGCAGGUGGCGCCCCCACUUCUCACCUCUCUAGCAGCACUUCUGGCUCUUCAUCUGCACUCAAGGAUCAUCGAGAUGACAAACGUACCAACUCAGCUAUGAACGAAGAUAGGCAGCGUAAUUCUAUCUCUCCCCACGAACGGGACAAACUGAGAAGUCGUUCACCAGAUGUAGACCUAGACAAAAAACGGAGACGAGAGGAAAAGCCGGAUCACGGCAGUGACGAUGAGAAAAGCGACCAAGACCUUGUUGUGGAUGUCGCCAAUGAGGACCCUAUCUCACCACCACCAAAUCGACAAACUUCCCCACGAGAAAAUGGAAUUGACCGGGCAGUCAAGAGGGAACGACCUCCCAGCAGGAGUGGAUCCUCUUCCAGUAGAGGAACACCUGUUCCAUCCAAGCAUAAAGAACAUAUGAACGACAAACCGCCUACUCCUGUAUCUAAAUCAAUGACUCCAACAAGUUCUGGAAUGACCAACCCUGGUCCUAAUAACCUCAAAGGUGUGGCGAAACCACCCUCACUUGGUGCACCAUAUGCUUAUCCGCUGCCAGGGGGACCAUCGGGAUCUCACCCUCCCAUUGCAGCUGACCUCAGUUCUAAUGCGGGUUAUUCACAAGGGGCUCUGCAUAAUAGCUUAUCUCCUGCUCUUAAUUCCUACCCUCGAUCUGUGGUUGCCUACGAAUCUCAUCCGGCCAUCAGACCCCCAGGAUUUGGAUCAAUUUCAGGUGGCAAACCAGCUUAUUCAUUCCACGUGAGCGCUGAUGGACAGAUGCAACCCGUCCCAUUUCCUCCCGACGCUCUGAUUGGUCCAGGAAUACCGCGUCAUGCCCGACAGAUUAACACCCUCAGCCAUGGUGAAGUGGUUUGUGCGGUGACGAUUAGUAGUCCUACGAAGUACGUCUACACUGGUGGGAAGGGUUGUGUGAAGGUGUGGGACAUAAGUCAACCUGGUAGUAAAACCCCAGUGUCCCAGCUUGACUGUUUGCAACGAGACAAUUACAUCCGCUCGUGCAAGCUCCUUCCGGAUGGCCGAACGUUAAUCGUAGGUGGAGAGGCGAGUACAAUUUGCGUGUGGGAUCUAGGCGCUCCAACACCACGUAUCAAGGCUGAACUGACAUCUAGUGCCCCUGCUUGUUACGCUCUCGCUAUCAGCCCGGACUCCAAAGUCUGCUUCAGCUGCUGUAGUGAUGGAAACAUUGCUGUGUGGGAUCUUCAUAAUGAAAAACUUGUCAGACAAUUUCAGGGCCAUACAGAUGGUGCUAGUUGUAUAGAUAUAUCCAGUGACGGAACUAAACUGUGGACAGGAGGGUUAGAUAAUACAGUACGUUCAUGGGACCUCAGGGAGGGCCGUCAGCUUCAACAACAUGACUUUACAUCUCAGAUCUUUUCUCUUGGCUACUGCCCUACUGGAGACUGGCUUGCUGUAGGGUAAGUCCUUAGUAAACGCAAUUCACCAU